UCUCCUCCGGCAUGUAAAUCCUCCACAAAGGAGCUGAAGUUCAAAUGAGGCUGCUUUAGCCUUGCCCCAAGGAUGGAUUCAAAGCCUUAGUCCAGAAGCGCAGAGUUUGGCCCCAGGGCAGCUCCACCACCACCCCCAGGCCCAGGGCAUGGGGCCGAAGUCUUCCAGUCCAGUGCAACACAGGACACUUCUGGGAUAAACGACAGCCACCUGAGCAAGGAGACUCCAGGUUUUGGUUUUUAAAAAUCCUUUCUCGGACCCUCCCCACCCUGCCUCUAGCUCCAGGAUCCCUGGGUGGUUGCAAAGCACUCUCUCCUGGGGCACCAGUUUGAUCCAGCAUUCCAGGGAGGUCCCAGGGACCAUGAGGGAAGCCCUCCCAUAACGAAACCCUUGAAGAAAAAGCAUGUGAAAAGUUUGAAGUGGCAUCAGGCAGCCAAACAGGAGGAAAGUAGGUUUUCUGGGAUUUCAUUGCCAGGAGAUAAAUACUUCUAAAGGACCAUGAACACAAUGAGACUGGCCUGCCUGGUCCUGGCUGCUUUAGUAGGAGUUGCUGCUGGCAAAGCAGAUGACUUAGGGAGCAGUGAAGAGGGAAGGGAACAAGAAUUCGUUUAUCUGAACAGGUAUAAGAGAGCCAGUGACUCUCAGGACAAGUGCACAUACACAUUCAUUGUGCCACAGCAGAGAGUCACCGGGGCCAUCUGUGUCAAUUCCAAGGAACCUGAGAUUCAGCUUGAAAACCGCGUACACAAACAAGAACUGGAGCUACUGAAUAAUGAGCUUCUAAAGCAGAAGAGACAGAUUGAAAGUUUGCAGCAACUGGUGGAAGUAGAUGGCGGGAUAGUCAAUGAAGUCAAGCUCUUACGGAAGGAGAGCCGCAACAUGAACUCUCGGGUCACGCAGCUCUAUAUGCAGCUCUUGCAUGAAAUCAUUCGCAAACGGGACAAUGCGUUAGAGCUCUCCCAGCUUGAGAAUAAGAUACUCAACCAAACGGCUGACAUGCUUCAGCUCGCCAACAAAUAUAAGGACCUAGAGCACAAAUACCAGCAUUUAGCCACUCUGGCCAACAACCAGUCCACCAUCAUCGCUCAGCUAGAAGAACACUGUCAGAGGAUGCCAGUUGCCAGACCCAUCCCACAGCCGCCUCCUCCACCACCACCAAACCGGGUCUAUCAGCCUCCCACCUACAAUCGGAUCAUCAACCAGAUUUCCACUAAUGAGAUUCAGAGUGAUCAAAAUUUGAAGGUGCUUCCCCCAACUCUUCCCACAAUGCCUACAGUCACUGGCAUCCCAAUCUCAACUGAUAAACCAUCUGGCCCAUGGAGAGACUGUCUUCAGGCACUGGAGGAUGGCCAUGACACCAGUUCCAUUUACCUUGUGAAGCCUGAAAACACUAAUCGACUUAUGCAGGUUUGGUGUGACCAGAGGCAUGACCCCGGUGGCUGGACUGUUAUACAGAGACGACUUGAUGGAUCUGUCAACUUUUUCCGGAACUGGGAGACUUAUAAGCAAGGAUUUGGUAACAUUGAUGGAGAGUAUUGGCUGGGUCUAGAGAACAUUUAUUGGCUCACAAACCAAGCCAACUACAAAUUGCUCGUAACAAUGGAAGACUGGUCUGGCCGAAAAGUCUUUGCAGAAUAUGCAAGCUUCCGCCUGGAGCCAGAAAGUGAAUAUUACAAGUUGAGAUUGGGGCGGUAUAAUGGCAAUGCUGGCGACUCCUUCACCUGGCACAACGGGAAGCAGUUCACCACCUUGGAUAGAGACCAUGACGUCUAUGCAGGAAAUUGUGCUCACUACCAGAAAGGAGGCUGGUGGUACAAUGCCUGUGCCCACUCCAAUCUCAAUGGGGUUUGGUACCGAGGAGGUCAUUAUCGAAGUCGCUAUCAGGAUGGAGUCUAUUGGGCCGAAUUCCGAGGAGGGUCUUAUUCUCUUAAGAAAGUGGUGAUGAUGAUUAGACCAAAUCCCAACACAUUCCACUAAAAGAAGCUUCUCUCUUCCAACCUUGGACUCCCAUCUGCCACCACCCAGCCUGAGCAAAAGCUGAGCAAACUCCCCAGAAAUCAUCUCUUCUGCAGCCUGGAAUGCCAGGUCUUUGAGGUUUGUUACAAGGAAGCAAGGACUUGUUGCUGCAUCCGAUUUUCAUAAACCAUUGCCACAGAUAACUUAAUUCAAAUGAUGCAGUAUUCUCUGCCCGUGAGACCUUUCUUCAUGCCAGGAAGCAACUAAUGUAGCCUGUUCUUAUAGACAGAAGAGGAAAAGGGUAAGACUGCAGAUAGUUUUUCUAAGGAAUUAGCUCUCAAUACUGGGAACACAUAACAGCAGAAUAUUUUUAUUUUACAUAAGUGUAUGUUUUAACAUACACUGUUACACAAGUGUAUAUGUAUACAUACAUAUGCACUUAUGGUUUCAGUUCUCAAGUGUUUGAGCUACUACAAACUGGUCAAUCAUCCUCGUCACAGGAAGCUAUCUCCUUUGAAACAACGUACAGCACUUGACAAACCAACAAUCGGCUACCAGUGAGAUUAAACUCAAUUUACGCUUCAUUAUCUCAAAUUGAGAAAGGAUACACUUGAAUAGUCCAACAAGUGAAUGUGUGUCCACCAUUCAAAGACACUCAUUGCACUAGAUGACCUCUGAAGUCCCUUCCAACUCUGAGAUGCUAUGAUUCAAUGGUUCUUGGAAUCAUCUUUAGUAUUAAUGUCUCAGAUACAGCAGGUUCCUAGCUUUCUCUGUCAAGGCAUGCUGUUGGUAUUCAACCAAGUUUCAGGGACUUUCUUUCCAUUUCUGCACUUCCAUUUCUCCUCCAUUUUCCUCUCAGCAUGAAAAGGCACAGAUCUUUUCUCCUCCUCAAUAAUUACUGCUGUCCUUAACUACAUUUCCCCUUUCCUUAUAAUCAUACAGGCUCCAUUCUUCUCCUCUUAGCAGUACCUUCUGGUCAAAGAAUUCUUUAAGAAUGAGGUCUUAGGACUCCUAAGCCCUUGGGCAGGAGGUGGGCUGGGGCCCAGGCUUCUGCUCAGGAAAGGAGUCAGUCAAUGUUAUAAUCUUAACACCUACUCCAUAGCUCAUGAGUGAAUUUUCAUUCACAUUUUGGCCAAUACAUCAUUUCAGCCUUCACACAAAUAACAGCCUACAUCUUUCACUGUGUGCUGUAUCUAAGUUCAGUCAGCACCUAGACAUUUAAGCCAGAAAAUGGCUCCAGACCAAAAACCAACCCAUCAGGUCAUGAACACCAAUGGACGAUGCCAACAAAACACUGAUGCCUGAUCUCUAGAUACAAGAUCACUUUACUCUGAGAAAGCAAUGUCAUCAAGAACAAUAUCAUCCAGUUAAUUUACCUGUCCUACCCAAUAUGGAAUUUGCCAAUUUGUUUGUGAAGAGCACAACUACCUUACAGAACCUUGACCCUAUCAAUCUUGCCAGCUGACGUAAUUUUCUAGCUUAAUGUUAUCAUAGUACAUGUUGCAAAAUGAAAUAAUAUGAUGGGCUAACAAUUAGGGAAGCUCUUGGCAGUUCACCAAUAUCACACAAUAAAUCUGUGAGAUCCCCAUGCCUUAUUAUAUACUGUACAUACAUGUGUGUGUGCCUGUUCCCCUUAUACCUCAGUAUUUCUCAAAAUAAUGUAUGAUGUGUAUUAAAGUGAUGUCUGAUGUAGCAUGUGUUGUAUAUAUAAAAAGUAGGGUUUUUAAUAUAUUCCCAAAUUAUCCUUGUAAUGACACAAAUCUGCAAUAAAAAUCCACAAAUGCUA